CUCUCUCUCUCUCUGAGAGCUGCAUGCCCAAGAUAGUGGAAAACAGAAGAAGUAAGGUCCAGAACUAGAAUUUGGAAAGAAUUUCCUCCAUUAAAGGUAGAAAGAGGAGAAUCAGAGGAAGACCUUCUGAGAUCUUCUAUGGUUUUUCUUUCGACCAUGCGGGUUCUGUAUGUUUCCCUGCACUAGGAAAUCCUUUUAAAGAUUGUUCUUUUGUCAGCUUACAUGGAUGAGAAAGGUCAUUUCGGCAUUAGGAAUUGGGAUUUCUCAGAGCAAUCCGUUGGUGUGAAUGCAGUACUGAAACCUGUCUCUGGUGUACCACUAUCUGGUGGUAGUAAUGAAUACCAACCUGCCUUCUUGAAGAUGGGAACAUAUGUGAAUAGAAAUUCAAUGACCUCAGAAGCUAAUGCAGAAGCAUCUUCUAUGGACUAUACGGGGCAUUGGGUCCAUCAAAGAAACUUCUUACCUUCCACAAAAGCCAGUCCAAGUCCACUGCAGGCAAUUCCAUUAAAUGUGGAGACGGCUGUUCCGACAGAUGUGCCUACACAUAAUAGGGAGGUUGGUACUAAAUCCUCAAAGAUUAGGAAGCAACAGCCAUCUUCGAAGAAGCCUAAUCAAGUUGCUUCUAAGGCUUUGAGGCCGAAGCAACCAAAAAAGAAGAAUCCUGUCCCUGCGAAAAGAAAACCUAAUCCUGUGUCUACUGCCAAACGUGAGAAGAAAAAUGUAGAUGUUGUUAUCGGUGAAGCUGCAUUAGAUUUUUCUCAGUUACCUACUCCUGUUUGCUCUUGCACUGGUCUCCCACGACAGUGCUACAGAUGGGGUGCUGGUGGAUGGCAAUCAUCCUGUUGUACUACAAGCAUAUCUGAAUACCCUUUACCCAUGAGUUCCUCAAGGCCUGGAGCACGCAUGGCUGGGAGAAAAAUGAGCAAUGGUGCGUAUGCGAAGCUUCUGCAGAAACUUGCUGCUGAAGGAAACGACUUCUCUCACCCAAUUGACCUUAAAACCCAUUGGGCUAAACAUGGUACAAAUAAGUUCGUUACUAUCAAGUAGAGAUUUCAAAAGUCAGUGGUUCGAAACUUAAGUUGCCUGGUUAUAGGAUUCACAUGUUCUCCUUCUAAAUGUGGUUCUUAUUGUAUGUUAGAGACUUUCUGUUGAAAGGUUUGUAAAGAUCGUAUGCAGUCAUAAUGUAGGACCUGUCCUAGGUUAUUUUGUCCUGAAACUCAUUUGUUUUCUGAUCUAGUUAGAAGUACAUACUACUUUACAUC